GCCUUGGAACGACUGGAGUCGACAUGGUACAUUGAGAUUAUCUUCCUGCUCUGCAGCGUCAUAUGCGCCACUCUCAUCGUCACCUUCCUCGCUGUCCACAAUAAUACCCCCAUUGAGAGUUGGCAUUUCUAUUUCUCCAUCAACACGGUUGUUUCGACGCUUGGAGUGGUCUUCAAGUCAACUCUGCUCAUGGCAGUCUCUGCUGCUCUUGCUCAGGGGAAGUGGACAUGGUUUCGAAAAAGAAGUGGCACCUUGAGUACGUUCGAAGCUAUCGACGCUGGGAGUCGCGAUACCCUAGAGAGCUUCAGGCUCCUAUGGCGUAUGCGUGGCCAACAUCUUGUUUCUGCAGGGGCGCUUGUCGUUGCCCUUGGGUUUAUGAUAGAGCCUUUCCUCCAAGCAAUAAUCUCCGACUAUGGACGUCUCGUCGACACGGAGUCAACCAACACCAACGGCAUGAGUGCUACCGUUGGCAGAUCAAGCCGAUUCGAUGGUGGCACUCAAUGCAUUUCCACCUACAAAAGCAGAUAUCCCCAAGUUGAUACCACACCUGACUUUGCAAUCAGUGCUUCUCUAUAUGAUGGAUUGAACACAGCAACAAGUCAUGGAUAUCAGAACGUAUCUUUUACAUGUAUGUAUGGUAACUGCACAUGGUCUGGAUAUAUAUCUCUAGCUGUACGCAGCACCUGCUUCGACAUCUCCAGCCAUCUGAAGAGGACGACUCAAGACAACUCGACCGAAAGAAUAAAGUCUUCGACCCGGAGUCUGUCUCCUGGAUCGACUGACAUCUCUACGUCGGAUACUGACACUGAGAUGGCGAUGUACCCUACAGCAGCCUUGUCGGCAUUCUCAGGUGUUUCGACACUGAACUCCAUGGCAGCAUCGAUUCGUUCUAUCGUGACUUCAGCGACUACUGGGCUAGAGAAGAGGGCAUCUCCCACUGUCCAGCCAAAAUCGGUGGCAUCGUCGGAUCCUUCAACCAGGUGGACAGAUUGGACGCUGGAGCAUCUCGACUUGACUCUUUCAAACACGAAUGGGAUGUGGCGUAACGCAAGCACUUUCGCUGUUCUCCAAGCAGCGGUGGUGGCCGAUCCAAAUCUCACGAUCAAUUUCAAGACCUCACAGGCAUUGCUUGCUGCAUUCACUGUAAUCCGGACUGACGAUAGCCAAACUUUGGGCAGCCCAGCCUGGGAUGCUGCAGGUGCAUCAGCCAUGGAGUGUGGACUGGAACUGACUCUUAACCUUUACAAUUCUUCGGUCGUCAACAAUGUCCUGGUCGAGCAUAUUUUGGCAAGCGCCUCCCAGAAAGUUCCUGAAUCGUGGUUGCCUUCGCCGAACGUCGAUCAAAGUAAUGUCCACCCGAAUGGGCUUCCGGUCGACCUGGGAACGAAGGAGUGGAACCCGAUAUAUCAUGAUACGUUUCUGUAUCGCGACGACUAUGCUCUGGAUCCCGCUACUUUGCCAAUAAACAAGACACAAAGAUUCAGCAUAACGCAAAGGACUCUGCUUAGCACAGUCGACUUUUUGACAUCAUUAAUCAGACAAAACAACGAUAAUGCAACAGUCAAGGCGGUGACUCAAGAUGUUGGUACCAUCUUCUUCAUACUCUCGAUCAUCGAUGCACACAAAGUUCAUGUUCCUACCUGGAAAGCCAACAGCAUAGCUACAAUGAUACAUGGACCCGAUGAAAUGCUUCAGCGAGACCUACGCAUCAAAAAUCAUGUCCAUUCCUUGGGUGUGGCUAGCGAAACGGUGGCCAAACUUGAAUGGUUUCCUGAAGGGUAUGCACUCACUGCUGGACAUCAACCUCCAGCCAAAAUUUCUCGACCUACAACACCAGUAAGAGAUGAGGAAGAGCAUGAGAUGAAUGCCCUGAGGAUCCCCACGACACCGCAAACACCUGGUUCGAACGUCACUUUGGUCGAGCCACAGGUUGUCGGAGAAGCAGAACAAGGCACUAUCCGACCAGUGUCGCCAGCAUUCACUGGCCCUGACUGGAGUGACGUUCAGAUCAAUGAUCCAUCAGAGUCUACACCCUUGGGUAUCAGAAGAAGUCUGUGA